AUGUCGACUGCUGUUGCCACAGCUGAGAAUGGCACUGCCGCGCCACUUCUUGAGCAGGCACCGCCGUUGCUGAUCAAGAAGCUCUCCGAGACCGCCAAGCUCCCCACGAGGGGCAGUGCUUUCGCUGCUGGUUACGACCUCUACGCCUCCAAGGCCACCACCAUCCCCGCUCGGGGCAAGGCUCUUGUCGAUACUGAUAUUGCAAUUGCCGUUCCUGCCGGCACAUACGGCCGGAUCGCCCCCCGAAGCGGCCUCGCCAGCAAGCACUUCAUCGACACCGGCGCCGGUGUCAUCGAUGCCGACUACAGAGGCCAGGUCAAGGUUCUGCUUUUCAAUCACGCCGACACGGACUUUGCGGUCGUUGAAGGCGACCGUGUGGCACAGCUCGUCAUCGAGCGCAUCUACACCCCUGAGGUCGUCGAGGUCGCGGAGCUGGAGGAGAGCAUCCGCGGCGCUGGUGGUUUUGGCAGCACUGGCAAGAACUAG